UUCUUUUAAGGGUGGGUGCUUCAUGAUUUGCACUGUAAUGGGAGCAGCUUUGAUGUUCUUGAGUAAAUUUGACUAGUUGAAGCUUUGUUCAAGGUUGUUGCUCUGGGAAUGGUUUUAUGGGGAACAAAGCUCUUCUGCUCCAUGGUUUGAAGAACGAGACACCCAAGUUCAGUGCAAGCAAGAGUUUGAAUGUUGGGAAAAGGCAUCUAUGGUCUCGGAAAUACAUCCCAUCUGUGGCUCUUACUUUCGGGUUUACGGCUCUUCUUCUACUGUUGGAUUCUCUUGUCUUCUCUGCUUUUGAUCCCAUCAAUACUUCAAUCUGGAGCAAGGAUGAGAGGGCUGCUAAUGUUAGUGGAGGACAAAUCCCAGUUCAGAUGUACGAUCGACUCCUAAAUUUGGCUUCUAGUGCUCUUUCAAAGAAAGAGCACGAGCAAGAUUUAUCAAAGUUUUGGGAGGAACAGUUUCAUCAGACAGUGACGUGGAGACCAUGCGCAGAUAGAAAGACUUCGAGAAAUUUAGGGAAACCAAAGAAUAGCACUGGUUACAUAUUGGUCAGUGCAAAUGGUGGUCUGAAUCAACAACGAGUUGCUGUUUGCAAUGCAGUUGCCGUGGCAUCUCUACUCAAUGCAACACUAGUUAUCCCCAAGUUUCUGUACAGCAAUGUAUGGAAAGAUCCCAGCCAGUUUGCUGAUAUUUAUCAAGAAAAGUAUUUCUUCAACAUGUUGAAGGAUGAAGUAAAUCUUGUUAAGGAGCUCCCUUCUCAUUUAAAAUCACUGGAUUUCGAAGAAAUUGGUAGUCUGAUUACUGAUGCAGAAAUUCCCAAGGAAGCAAUUACUGGGGAUUAUAUUAAAACUGUGCUUCCUAUUCUGCUUAAGAAUGGAGUUGUUCAUCUCCUCGGAUUUGGAAAUCGACUUGGCUUCGAUCCAUUGCCCUUUGAACUUCAGAAAUUGAGAUGCAAAUGUAACUUUCAUGCCCUCAAGUUUGUGCCCAGAAUUCAACAAGUUGGUUCCUUAUUGGUCAGGAGGAUAAGAAAAUAUAGCAUAGCACGGAAUGUGUUGGAUAGGCAACUGCUUGGAAACUUUCUGUCAAAUAUUCCCUCCAAUUCCAGGCCACUGGAUGCUGCAAAAGGGCCAUCCAGGUAUCUAGCCUUGCACUUGAGAUUUGAAAUUGACAUGGUUGCGUACUCUCGGUGUGAAUUUGGAGGUGGAGAAGAUGAGAGAAAGGAGCUCCAAUCUUACAGGGAAUCCCAUUUUCCCCUGCUGAUCCAACGUUUAAAGAACUCAAAGCCUGUAUCUGCAACAGAAUUGAGAAUGUUGGGAAGAUGUCCAUUAACACCAGAAGAAGCAGCCCUUGUUCUUGCUGGGCUAGGUUUUAAGCAUGGAACUUUCAUCUAUCUUGCUGGUUCCCACAUAUACGGGGGAAAGGCCAGAAUGCAAGCCCUUACCAGUCUGUAUCCAAACUUGGUAACAAAGGAGGAUCUUCUCACAGCCAGUGAACUUGCACCGUUUAGGAAUUACUCUUCACGGCUUGCAGCACUAGACUUCAUUGCCUGCGCAACAGCUGAUGUGUUUGCCAUUACAGACUCAGGGAGUCAACUAUCAUCCCUGGUAUCAGGUCUCAGAACAUAUUAUGGUGGUGGCCAUGCUCCCACCUUGAGGCCUAGCAAGAAGAGACUUGCAGCAAUUUUGUCAGAGAAUGACACCUUAACUUGGGAGAGCUUUGAGGAGAGGAUAAGGAAAAUGAUCGAGGAAGGUCAAAGGCCACGCACCAGAGGUUAUGGGCGAAACAUUUAUCGACAGCCCAGGUGUCUAGAAUGCAUGUGUAAAUACCGGUCGUAA